AUGAUGGUAGUUAUCGUUGUACCUACGGCAUACAUACGGACAAUGGGAGUAGAAAAACUAGCAGUAUUUUUAGCAUUAUUUGUAGUUGCACAUUGCUACCCCCGUUCCUUUAGAAACCGAUGUGAGGUAAAGACAUUUCAAUUCGUGUCAAGAGAGGAAUGGGGUGCUCGACGGCCCUUCGCCACGUCCAACCUUAGCCACCCAGUCCCCUACGUGGUCAUCCACCACAGCUACCUGCCCGCAGCGUGCUACACCAGAGAGGCCUGUGCAGGGGCGAUGAGGUCAAUGCAAAACUUCCACCAAAUAACCCAAGGAUGGGUCGACAUAGGAUACAAUUUCGCUGUCGGUGGGGAUGGUGCCGUGUACGAAGGACGCGGGUGGAAUGCGAUUGGCGCGCACGCCGUGGGCUUCAACGUCAAGAGCAUCGGGAUAGUGUUGAUUGGAGAUUGGCGCGCUAAACUGCCGCCGGGAAAUGAACUGGAAACCGUGAAACGGCUGAUCUCAACUGGCGUUCAAUUGGGCUACAUACGUCCAGAUUACAAGUUGCUCGGUCACCGACAAGUGACGCCGACGGAAUGUCCGGGCGAGGCGCUGUACCGCGAAAUUUCUACUUGGGACCGAUUUUCCUUAGAUAUA